AUGAAUGUUCGGACUGUGGAGGACUGGUUCGCCGCUGUGGCCUCGGGAGAUCAGCCUCUUGUGGCGGGCUAUAGUCCACGAUUUAAAAAGUCAGUUAAUGAGAACGGUAUGACGGCCCUUAUGGUUGCAGCACAGACAGGAAACACAGAGCUUGCAGCCAUUCUUCUUAAGGACGAGCAACAGAUAAAGGACAGUCAAGGUCGCACGGCAUUGAUAUAUGCCAUCCAAAGUGGUCAGUCGCAGCUCUGCCGACUCCUAGCCACCCGUGAACUGGAUACGAGCAACUUAAAGAGCCAGUCUCCAUUUUCGGUGGCAAUUCAGAACGAUGCUCACGAUUGCCUUGAAGCCAUGCUGCAGGCUGUUGGACCCGUUAAGGUAGUGGAUAACCCCUUGCUGACUGCGACGUCCGUGGGGUGUCUUCGCUGCCUCAGGAUCUUGCUAGAGUAUGGCCAGUGUUUCGAGAUGAGCGAGUUUGACGAGGCACUCGCUCGAGCAGAGGAGCUGGGUCUUGCGGAGCUUUGUACCGAGCUGGUGAGUUGGAAGCACGAAAUCACAGACAUAAUAGCGAUCGCAAACAAAGCCCCUCAGAUUUCGAAGGAGAAAUUUCACAAUACUAUCGAUACGUCUACCAGAGCACUAGUGGAGAGCCAUUUUGUCGAUAUCUCCGAGGUAAAGCAUGAUCUCAAUGAGCGGAUAGCUCAUCUGCUCGCAGAGAACAAGGAGCUGCGGGCUAUGUUGAAGAACUUAGAAGCUAACAACAAAGUACUGCGCGCUGAGUUGGCCGACGUGCGGACUCAGCAGGAGGACCAGAUAGAUGGCUACAACCUUGGUGUAGAGGACCCUUGCCUACAACCGCACGGCAACGGCACGACACUUCUCAGCACUGAUUUUCCCAACACCAGUUUACAGCCCCCUGUGGAUCUUCUCGAUGAGGUUCUACCAUUCGACGUCACUGAGACGGUCACCCCUUCCAUGAUCCAAGCCGCACGAAAUUUCACGCUGAAAACCAAUCCGUAUCUACUUUCUCGAAGGCUAUUUGGGGAGCAGAGCGCGUGUGACCAAUCUUACUCGACGGCUUUUUUGGCCGAGCAGCACAGCAUCCCAGAAGACGGUGACAGAAAGAAUACAGGGACGGGGCAAGCACACUAUAAAGGAUCAGCCUAUCAUCGUAACGCAGGAAAUAAACGCAGGAAGGCACACCACACUAAGUAG